GACAAGGGAAAAUGGCCGCCGUGCGAAACAGAUAGCAGAAACUGUCACCCAAUCUUUUGAUUUCCUUCCUCUGCCUCGCUAGCCAGUGCUUUAUUUGAUGAGCGAGAGAAGCCAUACCAUUUUCUGCCAACUCACAACGACUAGAGAGCCAUGGCGGAGUCGACGGACGAUUUGUUAGAGCCAUUUUUGCCUCCGGAAGAAAAUGGAGAUCUUCCCGAAGCGUCCAAGUCCUUCAAAACAAGAUCACGAGACCCAACCCGAAUCACAAACGUCGCUAGUGAUUCAGAUGAUUUGGACCAAUCAGAGGUGACAAUGCAUAGAGCAGCACCUGUCUCACCUGGACCAGCCUAUGAGAAGAGCCAUUUCAGGCAGCCAAUCAUAGUGAGUGAUUCAGAAACUGAGACAGACCAAUCAGAAAGCAGAACACAACUUCCAGGAGGUGGAGCAAAAGGCUGUGUGGUGUAUGGAACUGUUGCUGUGCUGGUGUUUGUAAACCUGUUGAACUAUAUGGACCGGUUUACACUUGCAGGAGUGUUAAUAGACAUCCAGUCCUUCUACUCCAUCAGUAACAGUGAUGCCGGGUUGCUGCAAACUUCCUUCAUCCUGAGUUACAUGGUGCUGGCACCCCUGUUUGGUUACCUAGGCGACAGGUACAACAGGAAGUUCCUGAUGGCUGCUGGGAUACUCUUCUGGUCAGGGAUGACCUUGGCAGGCUCCUUCAUACCCAAGGAGCAUUUCUGGCUGUUCCUGAUGAUGAGAGCCAUGGUGGGGAUCGGGGAAGCCAGUUACUCCACCAUUGCUCCUACCAUCAUCGCUGACAUGUUCACCAAGGACAGACGCACCACCAUGUUAACCUUCUUCUACUUCGCUACACCUGUAGGCAGCGGACUAGGUUUCAUCGUGGGGACGAACGUAGCAAAGCUGCUGGGUGCGUGGCAGUGGGCGCUGCGUGUGACGCCCGUGCUGGGCGUGGUGGCCGUGGUCCUGAUUCUGCUGUUCGUACCCAACCCGCCGCGGGGUGAGGCGGAUGGAGGAAACACUCGGCUCACCAACACCAGCUUUCUCACCGACCUCAAACAACUCUGCAGGAAUGGCAGUUUUAUGUUGGACACAGCUGGUUUCACGUGUGUGUCAUUUGUGACCGGAGCUCUCGCGCUGUGGGCCCCCUCCUUCAUCGCUUAUGCCAUGACAGAUGGACACAAGCCAACUGACAAGAUGCAAGCCGACAUAGCCCUCAUAUUCGGAGGGAUCACCUGUGCUGCUGGCGUGAUCGGCACGGUGGCCGGGGCGGAGUGGGGCAAGCGGUGGAAGAAGAGCGACCCCACGGCCGAUCCGCUCGUAUGUGCCAUCGGCAUGCUGGGAUGUACGCCAUUCCUGUACUUCGCACUGCUGCUAUCAAGGACCAACAUCAUUGUAACAUAUGUCUUAGUGUUAUUGGGUGAGAUCUUCUUGUGUCUUAAUUGGACACUGGUAGCAGAUAUUGUCCUGUAUGUAGUCAUUCCAACAAGAAGGUCGACAGCAGAAGCAGUACAGAUAGUGAUCUGUCACCUAUUAGGGGACGCUGGCAGUCCCUACCUCAUCGGAAUUGUAUCGGAUGCAUUAGCCAGUGGGCAUGACAACUACAUCAUCAAGUACCAGAGCCUGAAGAAUGCCCUGUUCAUCAACACGUUUGUGUGCGUGAUCGGAGGGGCGUUUUUCCUGGGGUGUGCUUUCUUCAUCGUGGGUGACAGGGCCAGAGCAGACAGGAUAACCAGGGGAGAGCAAACAGUACAGAAUGAGGAUGACAACAGCCUCUUCCCACCAGUAAAUGAUCCAGGAAGACCCAUUGAUGUUGUGAUUUGAUAGCUUGUUUUGUUGAUGUUGUUUAUUGUCUAUUUGGUAAACACUACUAAAAGGAAUGUAUAUAUUUUUCUCCGCUUAUGGUCCUGCUUCUGCCUGGAAUUGAAACACCAAUGAUGGCAUGCGGGCAAUUGCUGCUACGAAAUCAACCAAUGGGCUUCUGCUGCUGAUCAUCCAAUCAUCUAAUCAACCAAUCAUCUUCAUUAAUUUGUCGACCAUCAAUUAAUUAUACCUAUAAUCCAAAUUUGUUGACUUUGAAUCAAUGACUGUACUAAAUCACACAAACUGUCAAUCAAUCACCAUGUGACAUGUGACUGACCAA